AUGCCAUUUGAAGAAAUCCCGGCUUGGAUGCCUCCAUCACCACCAAAUUCAAUUUUAGAUUUGGAAGAAGAAAAUUGGAAUUUUAAUUCAUUUGAAGAUUCAUUUUUCUACGAGCCUUAUCAAAUGCCCGAAGAGUGUUUACCUCAAUUACCUCCACUAAUUUCUAUUAACGAAAUACCUCCACGUAUUUCUAUUCGAAGACAAAGAAAAUUUUUGAGUUUAACAACAACAACAGAAGAUUAUUUGUCUUCUCUACCUUUAUCUCCAAAAAUAUCCCCUCCUCCACCUUCAAUUCCAAAACACAGAAAAAGGACAGGUUCUGCAGCUUCUAGAGGUUCUUCUGUUACGAGUGGAAGAAGAUCUCGUUUAGACCAACACAAUAAAGGAUUACUUUCAAUAUCAACACCACCAAAUACAACAACAACACCCUCAACACUUUUAUUAUCACCUCCAGGUACUCCAUCAUUAAUUCCAUCCUCAACAACAAUUCCAGUAGAAAAAACUACAAGAGAGGAAAAAUUGAAUAUUCAUCAAAGAUCAGCACAACCUUCAAAAUCUAAUGUUACUAUACCUGGAACCGUUCCCUCCUCUUCUUUUAGUUCUCUUGAUGAAUCAAUCGAAUCAACAGUCAGAAAAAGUCGAAAACAAGCUGGACAUGGUCCUAUUUCUCGCUACAUAAGUCGAAAUAAUGGACAACCUCCUCAAAAAUGGGAGGAACGUCUUCCUUCAGACCCUUCACGUUCUGUAUUUCGCCUAGUUUGUCCGGAAUGGCGUACAAAUCCUUCACUUUUGAAUUUGCCUCAAGGAAUCGAGGAUCAUGAUUAUGAGGGGCAGCCUAUUUGGAGUGCUAAUGAAGAUAUUCGACUUUUGAAGGCAUUAACUUCUAAACAUGGAAUGGACACGUACACAACACCAACAACAACACAAAAUGUCAAUUCAUUCCAGCCAAAUUGGAAUUUUGUUUCGCAAUAUGUUAAUAUUUGUUCUAGUCAUUAUAGGUCGCCUCGUCAAUGUGCUCUUCGAUAUCACAACCAAGUAUUACAUUGUGAUGAGUCUACAUCCUCAUCUUUUGAUCGAGCUUCAUCUUCCCGAAAACGUCAACCACCAACAACUUCAACUUUAUUAAAUUCAGUUAUUGUUGACAACAAUUUUUGUAAUACAGACACAACAAAUUUAGUUAGAAGAAGGGCAGGAUUAAUAACAGAAAUAACAAAACAAAAUCGUUUAAAAUAUUUACCAGAAAAACAACAACAACAAACACACCAUCACCACCACUAUUCUUCACAACAAAUUUUGUGUUUAACUGGAAGAUUACCACAACACCAAGAACAACGUUUACUUGAAUUAGGGGCUAGAUACACAAAUGUUGUUAGACCUAUGGAUGUUUUGGAUGUUAAAUUUAUUAAAAAACAGCAACAAAAUUUGACAGAAAAUAACAACACUAAUAACAAUAAUACAUAA